GCCUGGCGAUCGAGCACCAUGGAGUUACAUGUGGUCCAUCUGGAGAGAAAGAUCCGAGAUCUCCUGGAAAAUCUGGGUUUUGAGAUUUAUCCGUUUAAGGUAGGAUGGUAUAAUGAGAUUCUUCCUCCAACUUUUCAUCUGCGGUACUCUGACGAUACUCUGGCAUUUGUAGUGCUUAGCAUUCCUGCUAUGUUUGACAAGGCAUUCAAACCCUUCCUGAAGAAGCAGCUGCUUAAGAAGAUUCACGAUCCGGUGGAUCAAUGCAUUUCUUAUCAUCUGUCGAUGGUUAGGGAGAGUCUUGCUGACCAGAACAUGGACAUCAUGUAUGAUUAUGAGAUCCUGCCUACCCGGAAGCCUAAAUUCCUGGCCCAAACAGCAGCACAUGUAUCUGGGGCUGCAUACCUCUAUCAGAGAAAAGAUGUACAUCAAGAUUCCUGGGGAGAAAAGAAGAUCUAUGGUGUUUGUAUUCACCCCUCUUAUGGAGGUUGGUUUGCAAUCCGAGCUCUUCUGCUUUUCCCAGAUAUCAAGUAAAACAUAAAUUUUGUAAGUUUACUAUAUGACAAUGAUUGGAGUAAUUCCUGUAAGAUUUGAAUAUAUUUUUUCAGUCUUCUUGUAUGAUUUGAUAAUGAAAUGCAACCCUUAAAAUCAAUUAAAACAGUUAAUUCAGAAACAUCUCCCAUCUAAACCAGGAAAAUUGUGCCCUCAUUGCUGGCCUCACUAUACAUGCAAAAGAGCCCUGGUCACCUUCUUUUGUAGCCCCUCAAACACAGUCUGCCUUCACCAAAAACAAAUGUGUGGUCAUCCAAAGGUUGUCAAUUGCCUCUUUGCUAAAUUAAAAAACAAAAAAAUAAUAAUACCUGUACAUUUUUUGUCAAAACUGAAUACUCCUGAUGGGUGAGGAGAAUUUCUGGAAGGAUACUGUACAGCCUAAGGAAAUGAUCCAUAACAUGCAUCCAGGAGAAGCUUCAAGGAUGUCAAAAUGAUGGCAUGUGUGUCAUUUUGAUGCCAUUGGGCAAAGGAUGAGAAUAUUGGGUUUGUGUUAAUUUGUAGCAGAUUGCAUUGUGAUACAAUUAUAUCAUUGUGUCAUUUGUGUUAAGAUAUGAUAUAUAAGGGCAUCAUUUCUCUGGCAAUACAGAUGCUGAUAUCAACUAUUCUGCAUGUAGUAGCAUGUAGGCUAAUCUAAGAAUCUGGUUUGGUUAGUUUUGUCUUAGUUUUUGAAAAGCUGAAAUAACUUUUCUGACAGAUCUUUUAGAAACUAAGAACUAUGCUUGUCUUCUGUGAUCAGCAUGCUGUGUUGUUUUUUUCAAAUUUGAAAUUGUUUUUAUUUGUAUGAUUUGAUUUGUAAGAUACCUAAAGAUGGAUAAUUUAUUCUAAUGGUGCUGCUGAAACACUGGAAAUAAUAUAAAUAUACGGCUGUAAGAUGUUAUUUGGUAUUUAUUUUGAAAAGAGAAUAAAGCUGCAAAACAGACAGAAUUUAGUCAAGUACACUAAUUGAUUUAAUGUAGUAAUUGAUUGAUUUAUUUUGUUCUUAAAAAUGUGACUGAAACUCAUUAUAGUGAAAUCUAUAUAGUUUCUUUUCUUGAUGUCAGUGCCAGUGCUUUGGGACAAGAGGAAUCCCAAAAUGUCAGAGGGACUUGUACCCUCUGAAUGAGCCUGAACACAGAGGAAAAUAUUGUGUCAAAUAUUUUAGGAGACUUGGCAAGCAAAGUUGGAAACACAACUGUGAAAAAUAUGCCUACAGAAUUAUACAGUUAGAAUCAAAACAUUCUACAUUACUUUAUGCCAGAACUUGGAAGAAGAACACUAUUGUUUGUAUGAAUUCCUUAAAAGAAUUUACGUUACUAAUCUACAGUACCAGGUAAGGUUGUAUCUGAGCAUUAUUGUGACCUUCAUAAGGGAAGUGUGGAAGUUUUAUGUUUAUAGCAUAUGGGAUUUAUUUUAUGUUUGGGUAGUUGAGAAUAGGUGAGGUCAGUUUUACUCAUCCUGAUGACAUCUAGAUGAUUAGACUACAAUUUCCAUGAAUUCCAGCCAGUGCAUUGUGAGGUGUUCCUCUAAUUCUUUCACAGUUUUUCUGUGUUUAUUGAGAAGGUCAUCUCCAAUUUAUAGCGGAGCAAGCCUUACUUAAACAAUACAAUUUAUUUGUGUAAAUCUGGGGUCCCCAAGGAUGAAAUUAUAUUCCUUUGGUGAGUUAGGACCCAGACACAUUUUUCCUAUGUUUGAGAUUAUGAUUGGUUUGUUUGCUUGUUUUUUCCCCUCAGCAGCUAUUCGGCUGCACAAGGCUGAAAUCCAUCUGCAUUAAACAGCAAAUUGGGUGUUUAAUCCACACUUGUUGUCACCAUAAGCAGCUAGGA